AUGGCCUCCGUCGACCCUUUCGACUCGGCUCUCGACCUCCUCCGCCGCCUGAACCCGAAACACACGACCGACCACCUGAAUGCAAUCAUCUCCCUCGCACCAGACCUGACGGAGGACCUCCUAUCGUCUGUCGACCAGCCUCUGACCGUCAAGCGCUGCAAGCAGACGGGCCGCGACUACCUCCUUUGCGACUACAACCGCGAUGGCGACAGCUAUCGCUCCCCAUGGAGCAACCAGUUUGAUCCGCCUUUGGAUGAGGGCGGUGUGGGCGGUGUUGGCGCCGGUGGAAGCGAGGGUGCCGGCGAGGGCGCGAUCCCCAGCGAGAGGGUCCGCAAGAUGGAGGUCAAGGCCAAUGAAGCGUUUGACGUGUACCGAGAUCUGUACUACGAGGGUGGUGUGAGCAGCGUCUACUUUUGGAACCUGGACGAUGGGUUUGCCGGCGUGGUUCUCUUGAAGAAAUCCGCGACGCCCGGCGGAAGCGCAGAGGGCGUAUGGGACUCGAUCCACGUCUUUGAGGCCAUUGAGCGCGGCCGCACGACACAAUACAAGCUCACCUCGACCGUCAUCCUCUCGCUUUCCACCUCGACCAACGCCCUAGGCGACAUGGACCUCAGCGGCAACAUGACGCGGCAGGUCGAGCAGGAGCUGCCGGUCGACGGCGAUGAGAGCCACAUUGCGAACGUGGGACGGCUUGUCGAGGACAUGGAGCUCAAGAUGCGCAACCUGCUGCAAGAGGUCUACUUUGGCAAGGCCAAGGACGUCGUCGGCGAUCUGCGGAGCGUGGGCAGCCUCAGCGAGGCUGGUAGGGACCGCGCAGCGCAGAGGGAGAUUAUCGGGAGCAUGCAGAAGUGA